UCUCUCUCUCCCUCUCUCCUUAACUUAGUUCCUUGCGUAUAAAGAAACUUGAUCUUUCUCUCAAACGCUAUCUGCAACUCGUGUUUCCCUUCUAGCUUUUUCUUCUCCCUUACAUGUCGUCAAAAGAAUCCAUCCCAAUGGUGAAAUCUGAUGAUCAUAAGUUUUGGAAGCUAGAUAUGUUGGCGGAAAUUUCGGAAAAGGUAUUAGAAGAAAAAGAGAGAGCUAUUGGCACGACGGUGAAAUAUUCUUCGACACCACCCAAGUGGCUUAUGAAGGUGAUGAUGGAAAAAGAGAACGCACACGCACACGAUCCAAAGCUGAUCAUAGAGAAGAAACUGCACGCCAGCGAUCUCAGCAAAUUCCAAUCACGUCUCUCAAUGCCUAUAAACCAACUGCGUAGUUCGGAUUUUUUGACGGAAGAGGAGACAGCACUCUUACAGAAACAGCCAGAUCAGGUGAAUGAUCCUAAAGAAAGUGUGAGUGUGGUCUUGGUGGAUCCUCGGUCAGAAAGGCAUGAGGUUGAUUUAAGGAGGUGGAAGAUGGGUGCAUAUUGGAACUACGUAGUGGUUGGUGGUUGGAACAAAGUGAUUGAGAGUAACAAUUUUGAGGUUGACGACGUCACUAAGAUAUGGUCGUUUCGAUAUGGAGGAGGUAAACUAUGUUUGGCACUAUCUCCUCUGGUAAGAGAUUCUAAAUACUCCGGUCAGAGCAGCUCUCGUCGUUUCUGAUCACACACCACCAGUGCUUAAGCCACAAGUAAGAGGGGUUUGGUUUUGUUUUCAGGCAAUUCUUUAUUUUGUGUUUUUCCUCUUCCUUUUUCUGUUUUGAAAUAAAAAUUUGUGGUUUUACCUAAUAAGGAGUUUGUCUUAAUUUUUUUUUUAUCUUGGGUGAAAAUUUACAUAAACCA